UGGAGGAAAAGUUAGAAGUGCUAUUAACUGGUGUGGUUCCUGGGACAACUGCUUCACAAAUACUCCAAGAUACUGCAAUGUUAACUCUUUCUCAGAGCAUGUCAUCUCCAAUUCAUGAUGAAAUUCAAGUUAUUGAUGGAUUCUCCACAACAGAUGACGUUAUGUAUGAAAUUCAAUUUGAAUCUGAAAGAAUGAAUUCUCAGCUGAAAUCUGCAGUAGCAAUAAACUUGAUAAAGAAAGAGCGAGAUCUGAAAACUGGAAUUGUGACUUUGAUCUUUAACAUAAUAUUUACACCCUACAAACCAACAAGGAAUCCAGCAACUUUGGUGGUACAGCAUAGCGCAGGAGGCAUUUGGAAAUUUCCAAUAUUGUUUGUUGCCACAGAUCCAGAAGUAGAUGAUGUUAUUGAUAUUGAAGCAAUUGGUUUAAAUAAGGAAUCUGUAGUCAGCUUUAAGCUUACAAGCCAGACAAGAUACCCAGAGCCUUACACAGCAUACUUUCUACCAGGCAGUGAUUCUGAAUUCACUGUAUCUCCUCAAGCUGGGGAGCUUCUUCCACUUGACACAGCAGGAACCUGCAUUACUGUUGGAUUCAAGCCCAGUAUGUACAGCAAAAACCACAAAGCCACUCUGGUAAUACAGACUGCAGCAAUGCAAUGGAUGUAUGAAAUUAAUGGUCUACUCCCAAAGACUAUCCCACCCACUGCUUCAGCAAAAGUAAUUUGCAAGAAUACGUUCAUGAGAUCAGCAACAGUGCGACAGCACAAUUUUGUACGGGAAAAUAUGAAAAUCUUGUCCACCAGUGUGUCCUCCCCAAUUAAAGGGGCACCUCUCAUUUUAAGAACAAAAUAAACUUUUAUACAAGAUAAUGUUUUAUCUUAUGAAAAAUAUUGAUAUACAGACUUUUGUUUCAUUAAUUUGAAAAAAAAUUGUAACUCUUUUUAUGUUCUUGGGAUCUAGUGGCUGUG